UUGGUGAAAAUAAGAAAGAGUUAACUCCAUUUUGAAUCCUUUUACGAUUACAAUUGUAACGAAAAGAAUGUGUUGAUCGAAUUGUACCAUUGUGAAAGAACAAUAAGUUUCAGAAAUUUUAGUUUCAUCUUAUUACAUCUUAUUAUUUUUUGGUUUCGUUUUAGAUCUGCGGUGUAGAGGUAACUCACUUGCUUACCAGGAAAGUGCUGGAGAGUGAGUUGCAAGCAUUCAUCUGAACUCGAGUGUCCAUCCAAGUGGAGGAGUUCAUCUAUUCAAGAGUUCCUUGUGGUUGAGUGAGAGCCGUUGAGAAUAGUUCGACGAUACGCGGGAGAAAAUUAAGGGUUUGUUUACAAACCAAAAGGAGUGCUUUUGUGCUGAGUGGCCAACGGUGCGUCCAGUGGUGUAUUUUGCAGGCACUAUUAUUGAUAUUAAUUUAUCCUGCUCAAAGGUAAGCCGCUUAAUUUUCAUUUUUUUGAAGAUUUUUUUUGAAUUUCAUUGCAUUCAGUCGAUUUAUUGAACAAAACUCUGUUAUAAAAUUUAGACAAUGACUGAAUCGCGACAAACUUUGAGUUCUAAUUUGGCAACCUCGAUAGAACCUUACAGACGAGGAACGUCUUUCUCGGAUUGGGUUGAAAGAUUGGGGUAUUGCUUUAUGAUUAAUAAAAUCUCGGAUGAAGAUAAAAAAGCUCAUUUUAUAACUUUAGCUGGACCUUACAUCUUUACUGAAUUAAAGCUACUUUUUCCGGGGCCGGGUGCUUUGACGGAGGCUCGUUAUGAGCAAAUAGUAACUGCAUUAAAAACGCGAAUCGAUAAAGUUGACGAUGAAGUAUCACAACGUUUGGCAUUCAGCGGUCGUUUCCAAGAGCCCGGUGAAUCAGCCGAGGAUUAUCUUUUAUCCCUUAAAUUGAUGGCUGAAUUUUGUAAUUUUGAAGGUAAAGAAAAGACAAUUCGCGAUCGGCUAUUAUUUGGGGUAACAGACAUUCCUUUAAAACAAUUACUCAUCAAAGAGCCGGUUUUAACAUUGAGUGUAGCAGAAAAGAUCAUUGCGGGUUACGAAUUAGCCAGAAAACAUACAAAAAUGAUGGAGCAAAGUCAAGCUCAAACAGCUGCAGUUGGAGUAGUCGGGGCCAUGCGUGUACCUAUUAAAAGCCGGUUAGGUGUUAGACCAACGCGUGAACCUUAUCGCUCAGAUAGAAAUUACGGGCAUAGUUCUAACAAUUUUAAGCGACGGUAUGAUCAACCAAUUGAUAAAAAACGAUUUUCGGGACAACGCAGACCAGAUUAUGACCGUAUUACCUGUACAUAUUGUAACAGAAAGGGACAUCUGGUACACAAAUGCUUCGAAUUGAAAAACGCGAAAAGGGAUGCGGUAAAAUAUGCGGAUGCUGUAGAACCGGAAAAAUUGAGAUCAUCUACGGAUAAACAAUUGAGCGAGAUGCUAAACCGUUUGAGAGCUGCGAAAUCUGACUCGGAUAGUGACUCGGAUACAGGUGAUCUUCAAUGCUUAAAUGUGACGUCCAUUAAUAGAGUUAAUGAUCCUUGUUUGGUAAAUGUCCUUAUAGAAGGGAAAAAUAUGCAAAUGGAAAUAGAUUGUGGGUCGUCGGUGUCGGUAAUUGGGAAAAAGCAAUAUUAUGGGUUAUUUUCUGUUCCUUUAAAGAAAUCAUCUAAACAGCUUAUAGUUGUAAACGGUGGAAAACUUUUGAUUGAAGGGGAAGCUACAGUGAACGUACAAUACAUGGGUAUAUUAGCUAAAUUGAAAUUAGUAGUACUUAAUUGCAGCAACAAUUUCUUGCCUCUUUUAGGUAGAUCAUGGUUGGAUAUUUUCAUACCUAAUUGGAGAGAAACAUUUACUAGUAAAAUUACUAUUCAAAGAGUGAUACAAGAAGAUAGGGAUAAAAUUAUAUCAGAUUUGAAACAAAAAUUUAGCAACGUGUUCAUUAAGGAUUUUUCCACUCCCAUAAAAGGGUUCGAAGCUGAUCUCGUAUUAAAAUCUGACAACCCUAUUUUCAAAAAAGCCUAUGAAGUUCCAUACAGGCUAAGAGAAAAACAAAUGGUGCCAUCUGAUAUUGAUGUCGAGGUUAUACGGAGUAUAAAUUUCAGUAAAGACGUUCCGUACGAUGCAAAUAAAGUUGCUAAUGAAACUAAGAACGAUAAAUUCCUACAAGAUGUGAUCUUUUUCCUGCGAAACGGUACAAGUUGGAAGCGUUCCUAUAAUGGCCCAUCGUACACAGAUCCGGAUGCCGGUCCAUCAAGAAGAUUCGACUAG